CCACAACACACCCCGACCCUUAUCUGAGCACGCCUUCCCUGCCUCCGUCCGAUCUCACCUCUUGUCCCAAGCGAGCUUCUACUAAACAACAAACGCCUCCCUCCUCCAUCUACACCCGUGAUAGUUCGCUCCAUCAGCAACGAAGUAACAUACCGCCGGCCCACCAUGAAGAUAUCCGGCGCCUCUCUUCUUGCGCUGCUGCUGCCGGCAGUAAGCGGCCGCUUCGUUGAGCCUGGCGAGCCGGAUCGCGUAUUGCUUUAUCCCGACGGCGUUCCUCAGCCCUCCGAAAGCAGCGAGAAGUACCACAUAGAGCUGGCCCCGGGAGAGACAAGAUGGGUGACCGAAGAGGAGAAGUGGGAAUUGCGUCGGCAAGGCAGGCGGUUCUUCGAUAUCACCGACCAUCCCGGGCUCGGAACCCUCCGCGCGCGAGACACAUUCAAGAAGAGGAGCGUCUUCCCCAAGGCUCCCAAACUACAAGACGAGGUAAACCCUCUCUUGGCGAACCUGUCCAAGACCGAGAUGAAGGACCACUUGACCACCUUCACUUCGUUCCAUACCCGCUACUACAAGUCCGACUACGGCCGGCAAUCAAGCGAGUGGCUCCUCGGCCAGGUGCGCCAGACCAUCAAAGAGGCCGGCGCGGAGGACUACGUUCACGCCGAGCAUUUCAAGCACCCAUGGGGCCAGCACAGCAUCAUCGCCACCAUUCCCGGCAAGACCAACUCCACCGUCGUCAUCGGCGCGCACCAGGACUCGAUCAAUCUCUGGCUGCCGAGCAUUCUGGCCGCGCCCGGUGCCGACGACGACGGCAGCGGCACCGUCACCAUCCUCGAAGCCUUCCGCGUCCUCUUGCAGUCCGAGGACGUUGUCAAGGGCAACCACCAGAACACCCUCGAGUUCCACUGGUACAGCGCCGAGGAGGGCGGCCUGCUCGGUAGCCAGGCCAUCUUCUCCGCGUACGAGAAGGAGGGCCGCGACGUCAAGGCCAUGCUGCAGCAGGACAUGACCGGCUUCGUCGCCCGCACCCUGGACGCCGGCAAGCCCGAAAGCGUGGGCGUCAUUGUCGACUACGUGGACCCGGACCUGACGCAGUUCAUCAAGGUCAUUAUUGAUGAGUACUGUGACAUCCCUUACGUCGAGACCGAGUGCGGAUACGCAUGCUCCGACCACGCCUCGGCGUCCAAGGCCGGGUAUCCCUCGGCCUUUGUCAUCGAGUCGGCGUUCGAGUACUCGGACAACCACAUCCACUCUACUGAAGACCUGAUCAAGUACCUGUCGUUCGACCAUAUGUUGCAGCACGCACGCAUGACGCUGGCGUUCGCCUACGAACUGGCAUUCACCGACUUUGACUCCCUAGAAGGGCCGGACCACUCGGAUGCGCUGUAAGGAGUCUUGUCUUGGUCUCAAUGAUGGGUUAUGAGUACUGGAGGUCACAGAUAUUACACUAUGCGAAAUAGCAUUCAGCAGGGUGGGUUAGUCAUUGAGGGGUAUCAUUUUUGAGCCGCUGGAGUCGGCAAAGUACGGAUGUCGCUCAACUCUCUCACGGAUCCAUGUCCCAAUA